UUAUAAACAAGUAGUGACCUACUGUUAAAUAAUGAUAUAGGCCCAUAUAAAGCCCACCCAUAAUUAGGACCCGGAUCCAAAACGUUCCACCGAGAAGCGACAGCGACUUUGUCAUCUUCAACAAAUCAUUUCUCCGGAAACAACUUCGCAAGAAGAUGAAUACAUCGCAGUAUAUGGACAAACAGAUCAUGGAUCUAACCAAUUCACAGAACAGCAACAACAAUAAUGAUUUCAUCGAUCUCGCUAACCCUCAAGUUGAUCAAAAGAAAGAAGAUAUUGUUCCUAGUUACGAAUUUCAUCCAAUUCGCCCAAUUACUGGAUCUUCAUCGCCAAAAUCAAACGUUGAUUCUACUAAUGUUGCAGCCAGGGCUUGGAAUUCUGCUGAUUCUAAAAACAACAAUACUACUGAGAGUAGCAUCAGAAAUUACGGUUCCCUCGACUCGACUGAGCCUACCAAAGUUAUUGUGGAGAAAGAUUUGAGCAGUGUUUAUUCAUCUUUGUUAUCGGAAAUUGAUCACACGGUUAAGAAGUACACCGAUAGCCUUCUGCAUGCAAUGGAGGGAGUGAGUGCUCGGCUAUCACAAUUAGAAACUAGAAGUCGGCAGAUUGAUAAUUCUGUUGAUGAACUCAGGUUGUCUGUUGGUAACAACCAUGGAGUCACUGAUGGAAAACUGAGACAGCUGGAAAAUAUUCUCACACAGGUGCAAGAUGGUGUGCAGGUGAUAAAGGAUAAGCAGGACAUAAUGGAUGCUCAGCUGAAGCUCAUGAAAUCGCAAGCUCCAAAAGUUGAGCAGCAAGCAGAAACCCACAAUAUUACGCAUGUCGAUUCAGCACAACCUACAGCAUCUGCUCCUCUUCAAUCUCACCAGAAUUUUACUCCUGUUGCUCUUACACAACCACCUUCUACCGUACCCCCUCCUAAUGCUCCUCCACCCCCUCCUCAACAGAAUCUGCCAUACCAAGUUCAGCCUCAGAACCAGUAUCCCCAGAAUCCAAUUCCCUCCCAUCCUCAGUCAGAAGCUUAUUACCCGCCAGCUGGUCAAGCACCGGAAAACAUAAGUCAGCUGUACCAACAGCCUGCACCACAGCAGCAUCAGACUCCCCCACCACCUCCACAUCAACAAUAUCAGCCCGCCCCUCCGCCAAUGUACUCUCAGCCACCUCCACCUCUUCCUGCUCAACCACAUCCCCCUCAUUCCUCUGUUAAUCCCUCUCAACCUCAAACUCUAGCAGGCCAUCAUCGUGAAGAGAUGCCUUUUGUACCAUCUCAGACUUAUCCACCAGCAAACAUCCGCCAACAACCCUCUCAUCCAUCAAGUGGAGCCCCUCCAUCCCAGCAGUUAUAUGGAACUCCGCCUAAUAUGUUUGAGCCCCAAUCUAGCAGACCUGGUCCCGGAUAUUCUGGUGCAUAUGGCCCAUCCUCUGUGCCUGGUGAACCUUAUCCUUAUAGCAGUUCCCCAGGCCAGUAUGGCAGUGGCUCCUCAAUGAAACCACCACAAGUUUCCCUACCUGCAAUGAGCCAGAGUGGUUCAAGUGGCUAUCAGCAGCUCCCCACUGCAAGGAUAUUACCUCAAGCACUGCCUACUGCUUCUGCUGUGAGUAGUGGAUCUAGUUCUCCCCGUACUGGUAAUAGGGUUCCUAUUGAUGAUGUUGUUGACAAAGUAACGAACAUGGGAUUUUCAAGAGACCAAGUAAGGACAACAGUGCGGAGGUUGACUGAGAGUGGACAGGCAGUGGAUUUGAAUACAGUGUUGGACAAGUUGAUGAAUGAUGGCGAAGUUCAACCACCCCGAGGCUGGUUUGGUCGGUAGCAUGUAUGCCCGUGUUCAAGUUACUGUAUAGGAGUCUUGAGUUUCAAAGUCUAAAUUUGUUACUAUGCUUGGAUUUAAGCGGCGUUCUUUACUGGUUUGCUCUGUGUUUCUGACUGUCCUGAAACUUUCAUUCUUGUGUUCACUAGAUAAAGAUUUGUUAAUUUGACAUUUCCCUUUCUUUUUCUUUUCAUUUCGUUUAUUCUUGUACAGCAUGAUUGGAGACAUGUAAUUUAUUUGCUUUGGCUGGAUCA